AUGUCAUCGUAUGGUGAAAUAUUUAAUCAGUUGUGCAGUAUUUGUCUGCUUUGUUUAAUAAAAUAUAGUAUAUUGAAGGUACUGCCUGGUAGCUUAAUGGCAUUUUAA